AUGUUUGACUCGAAGAAGAAUAAGACCAAGUUUGCACACGUGAGGGAGGUACAAGUUGAGGAUCCGCUACUGAAGGACCAAGAGGAUAGGAGAGGCAAUGACGAUGCGUUCACGGUUAUCAAUGAUGUGAGCCAGCUGGAGUGGUUUUUCAACCCUAGCGACAAUGGAGGUGCUAAAAACAAGAAGAAGAAGAGCCACGGUCUGUUGAAGGCGAUGAAGCAGAGUGUGGAGACCAAAGUGGAGACCCAGACCUUGUACUUCUCUGAUUACAAGAGCAAGAGGUGUGGGUUUGUGCAACUACUUUACUCUAGUGUUCUUGGUGGGUUGUAUAAGGGGUUCCAGCUGAACUUUAAAGUGUUUAGUUGUGUUGAUGAGGAAGUCAAGUGCGAUGUGUGGGAGAGUUUUAAACUGGACGAAGUUAGUGCCUUUGAGCCCUUGAAAUUUGUUUCCAAGAAUGUCAGUUUUGAAUUCAAGGAGAUCGAGUUCAAGGACAAUAUCUACGAUAAAUUUGCAACUCUACAUAUCCGUGCCGAUAUACCACAACAGGACAAUAACGUUAAGGAUCUGAAACUUGAAAUGGAUGUAAGCCUCUUGCCCGGUUUUAUGAUCAACCCAGACGGUUGUAAUUACUAUUUGGACAAGGCGGUGGCCCUGGACAAGUUAUAUUCCGAGGAAUCUAACAAGAUGAUCAGACAUGUCUUUAUUCCAAAGGGUGUUGCCGACGGUAAGAUUACUUACAAGAAGUUAAACAGCAAGAGUGGUAAAUACGAUGACUUUAGCAUUCUGUUGACUAACUCGCCAAUAGUUUACAUCGAUGCAGUUCAAGGUUUGCAACCUAACAAAGCGGCAUCCAGAUGGAACUUUUUAUGUUUCCAAAGCGAGCACCAUUCUGUGCUGUGCAUGGAAUUUACCACUACUUCGGAACACGGUAACAAAACCAUGACGAUAUGGUCGACAUCAGAGGACGGCAAACUGAAAACAAUUGGCUCUAGUCUUGACAAGCACAAAGUUAAAUUCAACAAGACCCACAAGGACAAAGAGAACGGGUGGGACUACCCAACCAGCAUUCAGUUUCCAGCAGACUUCCAUGAGGACCAUCUGCGGUUGAUCAACAGAUAUGACGUGCUGGGGGAGUUGCCAGGUGUUGUGAAGUCAGUAGCACAAAACAUCGCACACAUCAAGCCUUACAUCUACCAGUACUGCCAAGAGUCCACUUACAAGAACGAGAAAGGUGUCUCCAUCGUCGAGAGCACGUUCAUCAGUUGA